AGAAACCUCCAAUUUUCUUGCAUAAACUGAGUAUUUUAGAUACUUCAAAUACAGCCAAGUGUCACAAAUACUGACCCUCAAGAUACAUCUGUAGGAUAUUUGUACAUUUCUUACCACAUCCUAUAAUACUUUGCAACACUCCGAGGCUACUACAGUGUUACAUCAAGCCCUGAACUGUGUUCAAAGAAAACUUUGACUUCUGGCAUUACUGGUUGGUUAAAGUCAACGAAAUUUCCAACAGCAAAAUGCCAAAACUUCUGGCGAAUUUUACUGCAGAAACAGCUGAGGUUUCUGCCUUGUAUGACAUCACUUUUCCUAACAAAUUUGCCAAUUUUUGUUGGCAUGUAAAUAAAAAGGGCCCCCAAAGGCUGUCGAAAUGUCUCGAAACUGAAAUGAAAAUCUGCUGAAUGUGCAGAAGUAUUUAUGAAAAAUGCAACUGAGAAAAUCUCAACUGUAUGAGUCCUUUACUGGAGAUGCUAUUUUGAUGACAUGUUCAUGUAUACUAAGAUGUCAGGCAGCGAAAACCUCUCUCAUUUUUUGGGUCUACUGACGGCCAAAUGCCUCACUGAUUAAAAAAACAUUAAACAGAAUUCCCAAUUGUAAACUGGUCAGUUAUGUAUACAUAAUAUCUACCAUGCAGCUUACCAACAAUCAGAAAGUUGGAAUAAGUUGGCAGCUUUCCAAAACAGCAUGGAAUGAAGUUGUUGGGUCUUCUUAUUACGGUAGCACGUACAUGGUACGCCUGUCAAUUACUCAUGACAAGUUUUAAUAAUUUUUCCUCAAACUGCAGGCAUUAUUUAUCGAGGAGGAUUUUCAGUUCUAGCCAAGGAUGUCAUCAUGUCAUCGUUCGCUGAACAGAGUCGUAAAGCUUAAUUGUGGUGAAUAUCAGGCCCGUGAACAUUGUCAAAUUGCCUCGUAAAGCAGCAGUUAAUAACACCCAACUCUUCUUGAGUUAUAACAAAGUCGAGUCGGCGAUUUUCCCAGUCACUCAUCACACACUGCCACAGUACACAUCGACACUAGAACAAGAGUACUACAUCCAUAGUAGCUACACUUCUAAUACAUACUCCAGAAACCAUGCAAGUGAAAUUCAGACAUCUCUUAAUUUCAUUGACGUAGACUGGAUGCUGAUGAUUAGAGGAAUAGUCAGUCAUCAAGACAUCGACCAUCUAGCUUUACUUCAAGUCCUGUGCACACCAACUGGUCAAUUUGAACACAAUGUCGUCAGCAAACAAUUUGACAGCAGAAUACCCUCCAUAUAGAGAUGUGGGCUUUGCAGUGUUAAUGACCUUGGGAGUCACUGGCAUUCUGGGUAACACCCUGGUCUGCCUGACCAUCUGUCAAGUCAGGUUCAUGCACACCACCACCAACUACCUGAUUGCACACCUCGCCCUGGCUGACCUGCUGGUGUGUGCGACUUUCCUCGCAUUCCAGGAACGUUUCAUCCAUGACAAUCUCGAAGACCCACUCCUUUGCCUGUUAUUCAAGAACGGUGCCCUCGCCUGGUUGAUGGCGAGCGUGUCAACUGCCUCCAUGGUGUUGGUCACUGCUGAGAGGUACGUAGCAAUUGUGUACCCACUGCACUACCCCUGCUAUUUAUCGAGUAGGAGACUUAAGCUGGCAAUAGCAGGAAUUUGGCUGCUGUCAGCACCGCUCGCCUUGAUUCAAAUUUUCAUACAAGAGACCAUUGAUUCGGUGGGGUGUUUGCAAAAUUUGACUAUCCCAAAGGGCACCCUUACAGCACUCUAUGCUCUUCAAGUAGCUCUGUUCAUCAUCCCAAUGUUGAGUCUGUUCUACUGUUACGGUCGGAUUAUGAUCAACCUGCACCGCAGUGCACGCCGGCACCAUCAGGCCAACAACGCCGGUCAUGCUGAGGAUCUGAAUCGUGCUCAGCGAAAGGUGGCCAUUGUCUUGCUGAUGACGGCAGCCAUUUACAUCGCCGUCUGGCUCACUAUGACCCUGUUAUAUUUAUUUAUCCUGUUUCAUACCAUGCCUGGCAGCGGUAUGACAGAUAUAGUCAAACAGCUGUACCAACCAAUUCUCUUUGUCUUUAACUCCAUGGUCAAUCCAAUAAUCUAUGCUUUCAAGUACAAGGAGUUUCAACGAGGUGUGAGGGAGGCAUUGCUGCCUCGUUGUCUGAUAAGGCAGCACAAAGUAGACACCAGAGGUAAUGACAUUGCUAUGGGUUAGUUUUGAAAGCACUGGCCUUGAAACCAACAGUAGAACUAAGAGUGUUAGGGAAUGAACAAGAGAAAUCUGUUCUCAUCAUCUGAUCUGGUCAUCAGUUGCGUGUUCACGGUUCACUGCAUACAAGUUAGGGUUUUUAGUCCAGGCAAAAAUAUGUUUACUAAUGUUUCAACUUAAGUUCAAUGAUUUUAAUAAAUUAUACAAAAUAGCUUCUUGACUAUGUGUACAUAUUUAAUUGAUUACAUAAAUAAUGCCAUGUACUUAAAAAUACAUGUAGUCAUAAAUAUUUUAACACACAAACAUGCAGGAGCACACAUACAUCUAACGUGCAUGAAUUUUGCACUGUUGUAUACUUUUGCUAUAUUUCUGUAAAUAUGCGUUCAAAAUAGAUCAAACCAAUCUUCUUCGAUGAAACAUCCGAGUUACAACAAAGAUGUAAAAAUAAAAGGUAGGACAAAUUACCCGGUUUAAAAGACCAAAAACUUUUAUUCUGCCUUGAGCGGUUGGUGGUGCUGUGCCCGUAGCAACCAAAGAACACUUGGCAUGAACACAGGCGUUGCGUGCAAAUGCAAACUGGUGUGCCUGCUGCACUCUGCCUGCAUUCCACAGGGUUAGCGCUACAGGGGCAGGGGUAGUUCUGAUAAAUGUUUGCCAUGGAGAAAAGAAUGCUUCAUGGAUCAUCGAGGGAGACUGGUUUUGGUGGAGCACUCAAAGAUGUCUA